AUGGCUAAAAAGAAGAAUCAGCCUUCUUCUAAGUUACGUAAGAGAGCUCAAAAUGCUCUUGAAUUAGCCCAAAAUGAGCUUGGUGAAAGUGAUUACUCUGAUGACGAAAGUGCUUACAAUAGUGGUAGAAGAGGUGUGCUGAAUAUUUCAAGGAGGGGCCAAGAUGAAGAUGAAUUUGAAGGCUCUGAAAACGGUGAGGAAAGUUUUGAAGACGAAGAUUUGGAUUCUGAUGAGGCACUAGGAUCAGAUGACGAAUAUGAUGUGAUGAAUUCCAAGUUUUCUCAGACUAUUCGUGAUAAGCAGAAGAAUAAAAAUAGGAAUCAAGAACCUGAGGGUGAUUCUGAUGAGGAGUACACUUCGAUCGAUGAAGCAGAUUUGUUACCAUUGUCUGCAGUUUGGGAUAAAGCGGGUAAUGACGAUGAUGAUGGAGAUUCGAGCUCAGGUGCAGAAGAAAAUAGCAAUGGUAAGUUAGAACUUCAAAAUGAGAAUGAGAUCGAUGGUGAUGAUGAUGAUGAUGAUGAUGAAGGUGAUGAAUCAGAGAGCUCUCAAGAAUCUGGUUCUGAGGAGAACCCCUUCGACGAAGUUCCUCAAGAUGAUGAUGAUGAAGUAGAAUUAAACAACGUCACUUCAGGUUUAAUGAAGGAAGGAGACAAGCAGGAAUACAAAAGACUAAACAAUUACGGUACGGGCAAAGAAAAUGAAUAUGCACUACCGUCUGCUACUUCGGUUAGCGGUAGUAAUAAACUGAAUUUGGCCGACAUGAUAGGCGUUGUUGAUGAUAAGGAAGCUGCUGCCAAGGCCACUUUGGUUCAAGACAAUUCUUCGACGUUGUCAGUGCCUCUUCCUCAAAGAAUUCAACAAAGACAUGAACGUAAGGCAGCUUACGAAAUCUCUAAGGAUGAGAUGGAUAAAUGGAAGGAUGUUGUACAGCAAAACCGCAGAGCUGAACAUUUGGAUUUUGCUAGUGGUCGUUCAGUACCUGAUAACACAUCAUCUACUUUCACUAGGUCUGCAGGACAACCACAGACAGAAUUAGAAGAAAAAGUUGACAAAGUCUUACAGAAUAGUAAUUUAGUGGAUCCGGUGAAAAAUUCUACCUUUGAAGAAUUGGCAACAGCCAAGAUGUCACCAGAAGAUAUGAAGAAGAAAACCAGAGAAAUGAGAUUAAUGAGAGAACUAAUGUUCCGUGAGGAGAGAAAGGCUAAGAGGUUAAAGAAGAUAAAAUCCAAGACUUACCGCCGUAUCAAGAAGAAGGAAAUGUUGAAAAAUAGGGAACUAGCAGGUGUGGAUGAAGAAUCUGAUGAAGAUGCCGAUGUUGCUAGAGCCAAAGAAAGAAUGACUCUUAAACAUAGAGCUAACUCCAAGUGGGCAAAAGAAAUGGUAAAACACGGUAUGACAAACGAUGCCGAGACUAGGGAAGAAAUGGAGGAAAUGCUGCGACAAGGUGAGCGUCUAAAUACCAAGGUUUUAGACCACGAUUCAGAAGAGGAUGACCCUAACCUAAGCGAUAUUGAAAGAGAAGAGGAGAAGGAGCAAUCACAGGGUACCUCCGGAGAGAAGCUCGGUAAGUCUGGUAUUAUGGAUAUGGCUUUCAUGAAGACAGCCGAAGCUAGAGAGAAGGAUGAGAAUAGAAAAACAAUGGAAGCUCUCAGAGCCGCUGAAGUAUCUGGUAAUGUAGAUGAAGAAAGUGACGAUGAGAAAGCUGCAAAUGUAGAAUUAAACCAGGGGAGAAGGAUAUACAAUUCUGUUGCGUCUGUAAAUUCGAAGCAAGAACGAGCCAAAAAGUCCGGUGAUAAACCUAAUGGUAAGAAGCAAGUAAAAGAUGGAGAAGUCGAAGUCCGUUAUGAAGAACCUGAACAGCAAGAAGCUCGUAAUGGAAAAGAGUCUGAAGACAAAAAGACUGAGUCUGUUAAUCCAUGGUUAGCAACAGGUGAUGAAGAGGAUGAAAGUACAGUUAAACAUUCUUCAAAAGUUUCAGUCGUUGACAAAGAUAGUACGAAGGCAGCAAAGAACCUCUACAAGAUCGAGAAGAAGGGGAAGCGUAAUUCUAAGGCUGCUGAUGCUGAUGAAGAUCUAUUGCUAGAUGCUGAUGAUCAACACCAUAUGACAUUCCAAACGGAGGACUUAACACCCAACUUCAUGUUCAAACAACAAGACGUUGUUGCAGAGGCGUUUGCUGGUGAUGAUGUAGUGACCAGUUUUGAUGAUGAUAAGAAAAGAGUAGCAGAAAGUGAAGAUGACAAGGAGGAAGAUGUGACAUUGCCAGGAUGGGGUCAAUGGGCAGGUGCUGGUUCCAAUCCAAAAAAGAAGAGAAAAUUUGUUAAAAAGAUCAAGGGGACCGUUGAGAAGAAUAAGAGGAAGGAUAAGAAUCUACAAAACGUUAUUAUUAAUGAAAAAUUGAACAAAAAGAACCUCAAGUAUCAAUCCUCCGCGGUUCCAUUCCCUUUCGAGAGCAAAGAACAAUACGAAAGAUCUCUACGUAUGCCAUUGGGUUCAGAAUGGACUUCAAGCUCUGCUCAUCAAAAGAUGAUCAAACCAAGAAUAUUGACCAAACCUUCGGAAGUUAUCGAUCCUUUAAAGGCUCCUUUCAAGUAA